AUGAAAAUCACAAACAACACCACAAAUAUUAAGCAACACAAAUGCCUACAAAAAAUAAGCGAAAUUGUGGAUAAAACUCAAUUAAAAAAAAAACAAUUCAAAUACGUCAUAAACAUCAAUCACGAACCAGACGAUAAAAUAAAAAAAGAUUUAGAAAAAAGUUUGGACAAAAAAGAUGUUUUAAUCAAAAGUAAUAAUACAUUCAAAAUUCUCACAGACAGUAUUAGUACAGUAAUCUAUUUUGUAAAUAUGUUCGAUGCAGAAUUAAAAGGACAAUUUAUAACCACUCUAAGACCAAAAAAUAUGUAUACGGAUUUCGAUUGGUAUAAAUCACUCACAGAAAUAGAAUGGGUAAUAGAAAAUGAAGGAUGUAAACUAAUUAAAUCUGAAAUUAAAGGCGAAACUCUAAUUAUCAAAACAGUGAAAAGAGUCGUAGAAGAAUAUGAUACUAUCAUUGAACUAGACAAUCUAACAUUAAUUGGUCACUCCAACAAAGGAUGGAGAGAUCAAACCUCAUUACCAGAAAAUCAAGAAGAAAACAAAAAUAAAAAACAAUCAGAUGAACAACAACCACAAUCUACAUCAGAACAAAUACCAAAACAAGGAAAAAGAACAAUCAUUAUCCCACCAAUCACCUCCUCAUCUAAUGAUAAAACAUUUAUGGCCCUAGAUGAUACAGCUCAAAAGGUAAUAGAUGCAUCACUAGAAAACGUAGAUGAACUAACAAGAAUAGAGAAUGAGAUCAAUACCCAAUCGAUAAACAAUCAAGAAAUUAAAACAAAAUCAGAAAAACCUAUUGAACCACCAUCUCCAUACAAUACACCAAUAAAACAACACGGCGAAACAAAGAGACUAACAACGGAAGAAAAACUUAGAGAGGUAAAUGAUAUCUUCGACUUCACCAGCCCAAACACUGAUGCAAUAAGAAAAAUAGAAUUCCCACUUUCAAUCCCUUCAAAUCAAUGGUUCUUCUCCUCUCCAAUAAAACAUAUCAUGAGUUUCAGCCCAACCUAUGGUACACCAUCGAAAAUUAUCGAUUCACCAAGUAAAUUGUUAAACACACCAAAAAACAAACAACAAGACAAAACAAACAGGACCAACAAAACACCAGUCAAACCAAAAUUGGGUGAAUAUGGACAAAAAAGCAUAAAAACAAAAAUGGAUGAAGAUAUAGACAACUUCAACAAGGAAAUUCUAAAACAAAUCAGUAAAUCAAAAAACCCCACAAACACACAAGACCAACAACACAACGAACAAAGUAAAGAUCAGUUAGAAGACAAAAUAAACCAGAAACUUCAAAAGGUAGAUAAAAAUCUACCCCAAAUAAAACUAUAA